AUGACUGCUGAUGAUGCUGAAUAUUUUUUUACAUACAGGACAAAUGCAAAGGAAAGAUGGUACAAUAAAAGUCUUCUAGAUGUUCUUGAACAUGAGUUCAGAACACGUUCAAGAGAAUACUUUUCUCAAGCAUUGGAAUGUGGUGUGAUAACUGUCAAUGGUAAUAUGAUUGAUACUUCUACAAUAAUCAAACCAAAUGACGUGCUCCAACACACAGUUCAUAUACAUGAGCCUCCGAUUCCAUGCAUCAAUGUGAUUAAGAAAGAAAAAGAUUACAUGGUGGUUAACAAACCAGCAGGAAUCCCCUGUCAUCCAACAGGUGGAUAUAGAGAGUAUUCAAUUACAAGGGCGCUGUUUGGAGACUCUAAGGUUGCAUGUGUGAAUAGACUGGAUAUGCCUGUGUCUGGCGUCUUGAUAAUAGCAUUUGAAAACCAUACUAAAUGUUUGGAUGCAAUUAAAGCAGCAGAGAAGGUGUAUCUUGCUAAAGUAUGUGGAAUGUUUCCAGACGAAGUGACUGUUGAUAAGAAAAUAGAAUGUCUAUCUGGAAGAUACAGGCGUGUAGGUGACAAUGGAAAAGAAUGUCUGACAAUGUUCAAACGACUAAGGUAUAGUGAUGGAUACUCAAUAGUUGAAUGUAGACCAGUUACUGGGCGUACGCAUCAAAUUAGAAUCCAUCUUCAAAGCAUCGGCUUUCCAAUUGUGAACGAUGUUAUUUAUGGAUCUGGAGAGCUUCCAAUUAGUUUACACAGCAGCGAAUGCAAUGCAAACAUAGAUCAGUUUGAAGAUAAAAAGAAAUAUGAAUGCAUAAUCAAGAACUGCAAAGGAAAGAACAAUCGUUCAUUCAUCACCCGAGAUCAUCACAUUUGCCUUCAUGCCUGGAAGUACAUCUAUAACAAUACUGAGUAUGUUGCGGAAAUCCCAGAGUGGUGUGAUUUGUAG